GUUUGUUUUCUCCGAUUUCGAUUGGGGAUUUUAUCGGGUUUUCGAAUAAAUCGCGAAACUGCAAUAGAAUGGCAUAUUUCUGUGCCGUUAAAGGUUGUUUGAAUAAGUUUACAGUUACUAAGGACAACAAAAAUAUCGUGUAUCAUAAGUUUCCCUCGAACAAAGAGCAGUUCGAUGCGUGGGUCAGAUUUUGUGGCCGUGCGACUGAAUGGAGACCCAGAAAAUAUCUAGGGAUCUGUUCAGAACACUUCGCGGCAGAUUGUUAUGACGAUUUAUCACAACUCAGGCAGAAUGUUGUCGGUGCAAAAACGGUCAGGCGUCUUGCUUUAAAGGCUUUACCCAGCCUCAAAGCACCUCCAGAAAUUCCAGAGCUUCCAGAGGGUGAAUCAGGUGAAUUACAUGUCCCCAGAAUGGUUCUCCGGUGCUGUGUUCCGGACUGUGACAGUUCCGCACCAAAGUAUCGCCUGUUUCGGAUACCGUCCAAGGAGCGGUUGUCCAAGAAUCCGGUGACGAACCUGAUGAUCCUGAGAAGACAUUCGCUUUGGAUGAAGGUUUGUCGUUUGAAUCGGCCGGCCAAACAGUACGACCGGGUCUGUUCCCGACACUUUCACAGUGGCCAGCCGGCUAGCUUUUCGGAUUCCGAGAACCGCGACUGGAUCCCGUCGUUGCACAUCAAAAGUAAAUUCGAUGACGAUUACGAAAAUGAUGAUGACUACGAAUACAUUCUAGAGAAAGGGGAAUUCGGCUUCCUAUACGAUAACGAUGGAAAUGCUAUCGCAGAUGAAGGAUUCUCCUCUGAUGAGGGUGAUGUUGAGCUAGACAGGCUGGACAUAAGUAACGAAAAUCAGGUUUUCGUUGCUGCUCCAACAGUUGUUGCGUUGAAAAAUAUCUAUCCGUUACCACAAUCGAGUCAUCAACAAAAGGAAGCAGUAGUUGAAAGUAGUAUUCAACCCUCAGAAGUUGUAAAAAGGAGUGUUCAAUCUGCAGCAACUGUGAAAAUGAGUAGUCAACCCGCAGCAGUUGUAAAAAGGAGUAUUCAACCUUCAGCAGUUGUGAAAAAGAGUAUUCGACCUGCAGAGAUUGUUAAAAGUAGUGAUAAACCUGCUGCAGUCAGUAAGCGACCGCCGAAGCAAGGCGAAAGUGACGACUGGGCGACUAUUAUCAAACACAGUUUCGAGUUAGGUUCCGAUGAGGAUAAUCCUUAGGUAAGUUAGUUUUAUGUUCUCUUUUAUG